AUGAACGGCCUCCUCGUGUCCCCGUGCACAAGGCCGCCCCUGCUCCGCCCCUUCCCGAGCCCGGCCACCCGUCUCCUACCCGCCAGAACCCUAGUUCUUCGCCCGCUCCGCCUCCCCCGUGGCGUCUGUGCGUCCCCUCCUCCCCCGCGCGCCGCCGCCGCCGCUGCGUCUGCAGUGGGCGGCCUUCUGGCGCCGCUCGAGGUUGGCCUGCGCAGCAUCAACCUCGCGCCGCUGCGCCCGCCGGUUGCGGCGGCCAUGUCGGCGGCCGUGCGCUGGCUGGGGGUCUACCGGGAGGUUCUGCUUGUCGGGGUGCUCUUCUCCUGGUUUCCCAACAUCCCCUGGGACCGCCAGCCCUUCUCCGCUCUGCGAGACCUCUGCGACCCUUUUCUCGCCCUCUGCCGCGAGGUCGUGCCGCCCGUCUUCGGCCGCAAGCUCGAUCUCAGCCCGCUCGUCGCCUUCAUGGCGAUAGACAUCCUCAUCAUGAUCCUUCGCCCACAGCCACGCAUGUGA